UUUUCCAUUCUCUUUCCCGAGUCAUUACGCGCGACCAUCUCCCGCAAAAAAAUAUCUCACGUCUCCACUCCUCUGUUUUACUCAUCCGCUUCAUCACAGUUUCACUCAUCUGCUUCAUCAUCAGAUUUGGGAAGAAUAAUUCCUCAGGAUGGAAGAAAGUGGUGCCAGUGGAAAUGGUCGAGGCAGGAAUAAACGUUUUUGGACUGCCGAUGAAGAUAAAGUUCUUGUCUCUGCUUUGUUAGAGCUAGCUACCGAUCCACAUUGGAAAUGUGAGAAUGGCUUUAGAAAUGGAUAUAUGGUUCGCUUGGAAGAGAUCAUAGGAAAGGCUCUUCCUAGAUGUGGUUUAAAAGCUACACCACACAUUGACUCUCGGCUUAAAACACUUGUUAGCAAGUUUAGAGCCAUUGCUCAAAUGCUUUCUACUAGUGGGUUUAUGUGGGAUGAUGAUAAGAAGAUGAUAUCUGUGGAUAGAUCUGUGUAUGAUGAGUAUUGCAAGACUCAUACUACGUGCAAGAACUUGUAUGGAGUUGCUUUUCCGCAUUUCCAUGAGUUGAUGACUAUUUAUGGCAAAGACUAUGCCACUGGAAAACCAGCUGAAGGUUUUGUUGAUGCGGUUAAUAACAUGGAAAAAGCAGCCCCUAUCCAAGUCACACUCGACUCAAGUGACGACGAGAUUGAUGUUAGUGGUGAUGUCACCCAAACAGAUGAAUUAGAGGCUCCACCAUCCAAGAAAGCAAAAGUUGAGAAAACAUCAAAUAAAAAAGCUGGGAAGAAAAUUGAGGGUGUUGCAACUUCUGAAAUUUCUAGCUUACAAUCCUUCAUGAAAGACAUGAAUGUUCAUCUCUCCACUAUGGCUAAUGUCAUGUCUCGUGCUGAUGAAAAAGAGCAAGAGUUGGCUGAAAAAAGUGAAAAAGUAAUAGAAGAACUACUAUCAUUUGACUUGGAAGGUGUCACUGCUACUCAAGUAUUUGAGGUAGCCGACAUUUUGACAUCACAACCGAACAAGCUUAUGAUUUUUAACAAGUGUCCUCCUUCUUUAAAAGUUACUUUUGUCAAAAAUCUUAUUGGCGAGAACAGAAGAAGGACUGAUUGAAUCUCUACAAUCAUGAGGAUCCAUGUGUGACAUUGCAAUUGUGAAGACAAACUUUGUUCCUCCUUGCGUAUUUUAUUUUAGUUGCAGAGAUUAAGAAGACAAUUUAAUUUUCUUAUCUGUAGUUUCUUUGUCCAGUACUAGUGAUUUGGUAAGUUGCAUUGGUCAGGGGAUGAUGAUCAUGUUCACUUAUAUAAAACUUUUACUAGUAAGUUAUUGCUCUGUUUUAUCAAUUUAGACGAGAUUGAUGUUUUUUAAGUAAUCUGCAGAGUCUGUGUUGUUGCCUGAGAGUUGUGUUUACUGCUGCAAUUUUUAUAGGCAUAAUUGUCUAGUUAAAGAGAUUGGAUUUUUUUUCU